AAUGAUUGCCGCGUCCUUCUCUCUAUAUCCCACUUUCCUUUCUCUCUGAUCCAAAUUUCUCAAACCUUCUUUUCAUCAAUGGCCAUUUCUCUCCCAACCUUCUUCCAAGAACGAAAAUUCCCAUUUCUCUUCACUCUCUCUCUCCUCCUCGUUUGCUUCCUCUUCCUCUUCUUCACCGAUUCUCUUACUCUCAACCCUCUCGUUCGUACUUAUUCCUCUCUUCGAUCCCCUUCGUCUUCUUCUUCUCCUACAACACAUGCGGUUCAUCUCAACCCAUCUUCAUCGGAUUUCUCUUCUUCUUUCGCCCACACUCUCACUUGGAAGCUCUGUGAUGGCUCUGUCGCCGUCGAUUUCAUUCCCUGUUUGGAUAAUUCCAAGGCGAUCAAGGCUUUGCAGUCCAGGAAACACAUGGAGCAUCGUGAACGUCAUUGCCCCCGUCCCAGUCCACGCUGUUUGAUCCCUCUUCCUCUUGCUUAUAAGGUCCCGGUUCCCUGGCCCAAGAGUAGGGACAUGAUUUGGUAUGAUAAUGUUCCUCAUCCCAAGCUUGUGGAAUAUAAGAAAGAUCAGCAUUGGGUUGUUAAGGUGGGGGAGUAUCUUAACUUUCCUGGAGGUGGUACACAAUUCAAGGAUGGAGUUGAUCGUUACAUUAACUUCAUUCAGGAGACCUUAUCGGAUAUCAAAUGGGGGGAAAACAUUAGAGUUAUUCUAGAUGUUGGUUGUGGUGUUGCUAGCUUUGGUGGCUAUUUACUGCAGAAGAAUGUUCUUGCUAUGUCAUUUGCCCCUAAGGAUGAACAUGAAGCACAGAUACAAUUUGCUUUAGAACGGGGAAUUCCUGCUACUCUCUCAGUCAUUGGAACUCAGAGGUUGACGUUUCCAGACAAUGCAUAUGAUUUGAUACAUUGUGCACGUUGCAGGGUGCACUGGGAUGCAGAUGGUGGAAAACCAUUAUUGGAGCUAAACAGGAUUCUCAGGCCUGGAGGAUAUUUCAUAUGGUCUGCUACACCAGUUUAUCGUGACGACGAAAGAGACAAGAAUGUUUGGAAUGCAAUGGUGUUGCUAACGAAGUCCAUGUGCUGGAAGGUUGUGAAAAAGACCUCUGAUUCAUCUGGGGUUGGUCUUGUUAUAUAUCAAAAGCCCACCUCAACAUCCUGCUAUGAAGAACGUAGCGAAAAUGACCCUCCUAUAUGUGAUGAAAAGAACAAGAGAAAUAACUCUUGGUAUGCACCCCUGACUAGAUGUAUUUCCCAGCUUCCAGUUGAUAACAAAGGCCAAUAUUUUAAUUGGCCUUCGCCAUGGCCACAGAGACUAACUAGCAAACCUCCUAGAUUGUCAGUUGAACCAAGUGCCGAGGAGAAAUUCUUGGAGGAUACCAAACAAUGGUCUACUGUUGUGUCAGAUGUAUAUCUAGAUAAGAUUGGAGUAAACUGGUCAACCGUCCGAAACGUGCUGGAUAUGAAUGCUGGCUAUGGAGGGUUUGCAGCUGCAUUGAUUGAUCUACCACUAUGGGUUAUGAAUGUCGUCCCCAUAGAUGAACCAGACACCUUGUCCAUCAUUUUUGAUCGAGGAUUGAUCGGGCUCUACCACGAUUGGUGCGAAUCCUUCAACACCUACCCUCGAACCUAUGAUCUGCUACAUUCCAGUUUUCUCUUCACAUCUCUAAAGAAAAGAUGCGACGUUGUAGCUACGGUUGUGGAGAUGGAUAGAAUAUUGAGGCCAGGCGGAUAUGUUUUGAUUCGGGACAACAUGGAGGCAAUAAAGGUGCUUGGUUCUAUCUUUCACUCACUUCAGUGGUCAGUUUCUGUUUAUCAAGAUCAGCUUCUUGUUGGAAAAAAGGGAUUCUGGCGGCCAUAGGCUUCCUCCUACGAUCUGAAGAACAGAUAGUUUGAUAAAUUUUAUUUCUUUCCUCAGUUUUCUUUUAAACUUCUCCAUUUCAAUUGUAAAAGAAAAUACGUAUAAGCAUGAGAGAUAUUGCAGAGCCUGCAGUGAUUGCAUUGGAGGUUAGUAUCUUGGAGUUUGUAAUGAUGCAUUAAUAUUAUUUCUAUAGUUUCUUUGAAUAGAUGCUGAAUAAUUUUAGAAAAUUCUUUCUGAUGUGAUUCUUGUUCCUGUUUAUGUAUGAUGGGUUAUAAAAUAUAGUAGUAAUUUGGGCA